UGCGGGCACAGGAGGAUGGAGGGAGGGUGCGAAUCACGGGAGGGAGGCGGCGGCGCUCCCUAUGGUGCCGAGCCCUCCCAUCACAUGACGGCGCCGGCUGAUGAGGCGGUUCCGCCCGCCCCGGUGCCCGGUGCUGCCGCCCGCCUGCGGUUGCUGCGGGGAGGGAGGCGCGGGGCCGCCCCCGGGACAGCGGCGCUGCCGGGCUGCGGGGACGAGAGUAACAAUUUCAAGAUGUCAGAUGGUCCAAGAGUCUCGUUCAGUGCAAUUGAUUCUGCUCUUUCUUCUUUGAAAAACUGCCAGUCCUUCAUCAAGUCUGGGAUGGAUGUGACUACUCAGGUUGCCCUUGACCUUGUGGAAAGUUUCAAUGAUGAAGAAGAAGUUAACAAUAUGGAAAAAGUCAUGUUAGAAUAUGCUACAAUGGACAGAAAACUUAGUCAUUAUAUAAAAGCAUUUGAAGAAACCAUAAAUCAGGUAAAACGAGAAAAACCAGAAAAUUUACCAGAUUUAGAAAACUUGGCGCGAGAAAAAUUCCUUGAAAUGGAGAGCAUGAACAGUGACUCAGAUUUACAACAGAAUGAAAAAUAUAUGUAUUUUAAGGAUCAACUUAAGGAGAUGAAAAAACAAUAUCAUGGUACUGACACCAUUGAACAAAUUGAUGAAGAUAUAGCCGUGACUCGAAGUCAGAUGAACUUUAUUUGUCCCAUUACACAGGUGACAAUGAAGAGGCCAGUGCGGAACAAAGUCUGUGGACAUAUUUAUGAAGAAGAUGCCAUCCUAGAAAUGAUCCAGACUCAAAAGCAGAAAAAGAAGAAAGUCCGAUGCCCUAAAAUGGGCUGUAGCCAUGUUGAUGUAAAAGGAUCAGAUCUUGUACGAGAUGAAAUAUUUAAAAGACUGAUUGACAGUCAGAAAAAACAAAGCUGGUCAACACUGGACACGUGAGCUGGAUAUGCUACUGCCACAAAGAAAAUUUGUUAUUAGAGGUCUUGUAAUAUUUUAAGUUGCUGAUUUUAAAUAGAUUGUAUAAUUGAUUGUUAUUUGUUAAAUGUUUCAUUUAUAGGUAAAUCAUUGUUAAAUGUUUCAUUUAUAGCCAAAGUUGAAAGUCUCCACUGUAACUGAAAGCAUUUUUUUAACUCAAGAAUAUAAGGAAUUCCAGUUAAACUUGUUUGGUUUUUUUCUACCUUCCUGAAUUUCUAAAAGCUUGCAUUUGGUAAAUAAAGCAUGUUUUGCAGCGUUUAAA